AUGUGUCAGCAGCAAAGCGCCGACGAGUGGAACGUUGUCGAAAGCGUAAUAAAAGUGGCGCGUAACAAAAAAGCUGCGGCGUGUAGUGGACCGGGCAGCGGGGGGAGGGAAAGGAGCGGGGUUGUAACGUUGUACGCUGGUGGGGUCUCGUCUCUCACAGUCAACUCAACCGCUGCCUCGGACGCACGCCAACGUUUACAACAUUCCGCGCGACCGUGUCAAAGAGUAGUUGUGCUAACAGAACUGACAGUGAACAACGUAAAUAAGCCUCUUCUGCCUCCACUUGAGAAAAAGAAAACAGUGAACAGUGUUAACAGUGAUGCAAUUAGUCGUUCUUCACCUAGUGCGAAAAUGGAUAAACCUCGUUCUUCGCCGGAGAGUAAACAUUUAGCUUUCAAACCAUAUGAAACUAAUGUUGUUACGAAGAAACCUGAAGAAACAAGACCAACUUCCAAAGCAAGUUCAGAUAUUUCUGAUGAUAAAAAAUCUGGAAAAAGUACACCAGGUAGAAAAUCUACCCCACCAUCAACUGAAAAUGGAAAGAGCAGUCCUUUAAAUGAACAAAAAUCUUCACCCGCUGGAUCAUCCGGUACUAGCCCGAUUAUUCGUUCAGGAUUAGAAGUUUUAGGGCAUGGAAAGGAUCAUCUUGGCGCUUUUAAGAAUAUUCCUGGAUUAGCUGGAUUUAAUCCUUUAGCUGGAUUAUGCUGCCCUCCUGGAAUGGAACAACAUGCUAAUCCAGCAUUCCGUCCGCCUUAUGCUGGAGCUCCCUUAAGUGCACAUCACGCUGCUAUGCUCGCAGCAGCUGCUGGUUUUCCUGGCUCUUCACCAAAUCCCUACCUUGGAUAUGCUAGAGUUAAAACCCCCGCGGGAGGAGAGACAUUAGUUCCAGUAUGCAAAGACCCAUAUUGCACUGGCUGCCAAUUUUCAGUUAACAAUCACCACCUUCUUAUGAGUAACGGUGCUUGUCCUGCUGGAUGUACUCAAUGUGAUCAUCAAAAAUAUAAUUUGGCGAUGGCUAUGGCUCUUUCACAACAAGGGGCUGCAGGCCUUCCUUACACACAAAUGAGUCGGCCUUAUAUUUGUAACUGGAUUGUUGGAGAGUCUUACUGCGGUAAGAGAUUUGGAAAUUCUGAAGAGCUUUUACAACAUUUAAGAAGUCAUACUACAGACGGAUCGACUCCAGUAUCGUCUACGUCCUCCCAACCUUCUCUAAUGAAUCCACUAAAUCCUUUAUUUACGACCGCCGGUCUCCGCAGCGCUUACCCGACGGCCCCGCUAAGUCCUUUGUCUGCAAGCAGAUACCACCCGUAUUCAAAAGCUGCCCUUUCAGCAAGCUUGGGAGCAUCUCCUUAUGGAGCUUUUAAUCCUGCUCUUGGCGCUUUCUACUCACCCUAUGCAAUGUAUGGACAAAGAAUUGGAGCAGCCGCUGUGCACCAAUAA